AUGUCGUCUGGACCAUUCCACUACCGCCGCUUCCAUCGCAGUGGCAAGUCGUACCGAACGAUGAACGCCAACAACGACGUCAACGUACGCCAGCUGCGGUCGUCCCUCACUGUGCGCACCGCACCGUAUUGUUGCUCGUAUGAUGGCGGUGAUGAUGUGUGUGACAUGCAGGUGAAGAGCCUGGAGGUGGUGGCAAAGUGGAAGAUGAUGUAUGCAGCCGACACCAUCCCGGUCCCUUGUUUGGGCUCGUCGGAUCUCCCGCCUCUCGCCGGUAUUUCUUUCCGGAGGGCUUUUGCACGCCAGUGUCACUCACCGUAUCGGUGA